UUGGUAUUGGACUACAAAUCCCAGUAUGACGCUACUGUGUAGCCCUUUGGUUAAUGUAAAAUAAUAUUUUAAACCGCAGUCUAUAGUCUUAAACCCAUUAACAUUAGCUAACUCGUGAAAAAGAGUCAGUGUACAGUGUGGUUUUGCUAGCUUGUGUUCUAAUUUAGAUAAUUUCACGUACUGUAGCUGACGUUACUUAACCAGUUUUGUAACGCUUGUGAUUAGCCGUUCAAUGUCGGGCUAGUUUACAGACAAAAUGCUCCUACUCUCCAACGUGAGGAGGUCUUUGGCUUUGGUGAGAAUUGCCAGGCAUCAAUUUGAUUUCAGGGUAACCGCUGGUAAUGCGCGAAUACCCUGUUUUCAUGGGACUUUCUCCACUGACUCUGCUGCUGGGGUCAAGGUGUUGUAUGAUGGAGAGUGCCCCAUAUGUGUGAAAGAGAUCAGAUUCCUACAGUAUCUACAGAGGAACAGGCCAAGCAAAGUCGAUUUCGUGGACAUCUCGCUUCCAGGUUAUGAUCAAGUGAAGUAUCAAGGAAUCAGCUAUGAGAUGGCAAUGAACGAAAUGACAGUAAUUGAUGGAAACAAUAAGGUAGUCCCAUAAUCCUCUUGCAGGUUCAACAAGGAGUCCCAGCUUUUGAAGUGAUGUACACUGCUGUGGGUCUAGGCUGGCUGGGGUGCUUCCUGAUGUGGCCACCUGUCAAACCGUUCAUGGACAAAAGCUAUGCCAUCUUUGCCAGAAAUCGUCUGAAGUGGACUGGACGUAACGAAUGCACCUCAGGACGCUGUGUAAAGAAAGAGCCUUGUAACCUUAACAGGAAGUGAAUAUGG